AUGCCGAUAAAUAAACAGAACGUUUAUCCACCAUACGGUGGGUGGAUUCUACGACAGAAAUGAAGGGGAACGACAACAUCUACUCCAUACUUCGUUUUGUAUCUCUGCCCAGAAGAUGAGAAAAACACUCUUUUUUCGUGGCUUCUAACUGCCCAACCAAACCAAAAAACAAGCAAAUGUCUUCAGUCUCUCUGCCACCUUCACCAUCAAUCAGCAUUGAGAAAACCCGUGUAGGACAGCAACUUUAUUUAUUUUUUUUUUUUUUGUAUCUAUUUCUGAAAGUCAGAAGUUUGAAACUCUUCUGCAUAUCUUCUUAAUCACCACAAGGCCCAUUCACAUUGACGAAUUCUUCAGUAUAUGGACAAACUUACACUAUCCACAUAAAUACUAUCCAACAGAACAAGCCACAAGUUUUUAGAAUAUCCUUCUCAGGCUUCUGCUUAUGCAGUCGCUUACAUCAGACCCGUAACAGACUCCAAAACCUUUGGUUAUUCACUAUUUUCUCAGAUUAUCUCUCUUUAUAUACAUAUCUAUAUAUAACUGUAAUCCUUCCUCACUUACCAUAUGCAACACUAGAACAAAAAUUUUAAUUCUUCUUCAAGUACUAAUUAACUAUGGCUUUUCCCAAGCGGCCUCCUCAUUUCAUAUUGAUUCCUUUCAUGGCACAAGGCCACAUGAUUCCUAUGAUUGACAUCGCCAGAUUGCUCGCGCACCAAGGCGUAAUCAUAACCAUCUUCACCACACCUUUGAAUGCCAAGAGAUUUGAUUCGGUGCUUGCGCGAGCCGUGGAAGAAGCCGGCUUGCCAAUCCAGGUCAUUCAGCUCGAAUUUCCAGCUGCAGAGGCAGGUAUACCCGAAGGGUGCGAGUGUUUCGAUAUGCUUCCUUCCAUGGAUUUAGGCGUGAAGUUCUUUGCAGCUUGUAAAAUGCUAAAGCCUUUGAUUGAAGAACGGAUCCAGGAGCUGAAACCGUCCCCAAGCUGCAUUCUUGCUGACAUGUGUCAUCCCUGGGCUAAUCAGGUUGCUGAAAAAUUUGGGGUUCCGAGGCUUAUGUUCCAUGGAUUUUGCAGCUUUUCCCUUUUGUGCAUAUACAAUUUGGCCAGGUUUAAAGAACUGGACGACAUAACUUCUGAUUCAGAGUAUUUUGUCGUCCCUGAUAUGCCUCAUCAAAUCGAACUGACUAAAGCUCAGAUUGUUGGACUUGUCAACCAGAACAACUAUGCUGAGUGGAAAGAGCUUCAGGAUAGCAUGAGAGAAGCAGAGAAUGAAGCGUUUGGCGUCGUUGUCAAUACCUUUCAGGACCUGGAACCUGAUUACAUCGCGCAAUACAAAAAGGCAAAAGCGAAAAAGGUGUGGUGCGUCGGUCCGGUUAGCCUGUGCAACAAAGACAACAGAGACAUAGCCGAAAGAGGAAGCAAGGCAUCCAUCAGUGAGCACCAGUGCCAGAAAUGGCUCGAUUCUCAGGGGGCGAACUCGGUGAUUUACGCCUGUCUGGGAAGCAUAACCCGGCUGUCAACAUCCCAAUGGAUUGAACUCGGAUUAGGCUUAGAAGCCUCCAAUCGACCAUUCAUUUGGGUCAUCAGGGAUGCCCCUGAGGAAUUCAGGAAAUGGAUCCAGGAAGAGAAAUUCGAAGAAAGGAUACAGGGGAAAGGCCUUUUAAUUCAGGGAUGGGCGCCACAAGUUCUAAUACUAUCCCAUCCUUCGGUUGGAGGAUUCGUAACACAUUGCGGGUGGAAUUCAACAAUCGAAGGCAUAUGCGCAGGUGUACCGAUGAUCACAUGGCCGUUGUUCGCGGAACAAUUUUUAAACGAGAAGCUAGUGGUGAAUGUACUGGAAAUUGGAGUCAGGGCUGGAGUUGAAAGUCCUGUUUAUAUCGGAUACGAAGAAAUGGCCGGCGUGCAGGUAAACAGAGAUGAAACUAAAAGGGCAAUUGAUAAGAUAAUGGAUGAAAGAGAAGAAGCGGAAAUGAGACGAACCCGAGCUAAAGAACUUGGAAAAAAGGCGAGGAAGGCGUUAGAAGAAGGGGGAUCUUCAUACUUAGACAUUAUGCAGCUGAUCCAAGAUAUCAUGGAGAAAGUUCACCGGGAGAAUCAGCCCACAAGCAUGCAUAAUAUUGAAGAAGAAGAUUCAUAGGCUUCAUAUACCUCACGUUCAUGUAAUUUAUUGUUUUCCAAUUGAUCAGUUACAGCAGAUUUCGUCCCAUACUUGUAAAUCAUCUUUCUUUGCGUAUACUUUUCCGCCACAAAUGUUUCCAUUGAAAAUUACACUAAAAAAUUACGUGGACUGGAGUAAGCAUAGUCCAUGAGUCUUACAAAUAUCAUAAUCCGUGGUAAUCAUUAAUGUUCGGAUUCAUGUUUACGGUUAUUGACUCCAAAAUAUGACAUGUUUGAAUUCCAGAUGACACACGAAUACCUGACACCAAGAAAUAAAAUUCGUCGAAACUAUUUACCAUGAAUCCAGUUUUAUCUAUUCCCCAGGCCUUGAAAUGAAAACGAGGAGACGUGGACUUACACAAGUGGGACGAGUUGGCAAUUCUAUAGCAUCACUUGAGUGAGUGAGACCACAAAGAAGAAGAAGAAGGGGACGCAAUUAAUUAUCUAUUUAAGCAGAUGAAUGCAAUGGUGUGAAUGCGGGGGUGGUAUUUUUGUACGUGAAGAAUCAAAUUAAGCUUUUCGAAUGAUUCUCCAGAAAUAGCUUUUGGUUCUCGUGACUUUUGUAGCAUCAGAAAUCUUCAGUAUCGUGUUGAAUUUGGGCAGCCUGAACUGUCCCGUUUAAUUAUUAUUAUUAUUGUCCUAUUACUGGCAACACGCCUAUCAGCAUGAUGAUGACCUAAUCAUAUUAUAUCCCAUAUAAUUUGGCAUUACUUCUCAAAGAGAUAAUACAGGAGGAUUUUAUUAAAAGGGCCGAAAAAGAAGCAGGAAAAUCUCGUUCGAUUUUUAUUUUAAGAAGCGUUAAUGCACACCUGCAAAAUCAAAAUAUAGCGUGUCAUUAACACGGGCGUGUUACUAAUUAAUCAUUUGUACGGUUUUUCUCGUUAGAAGUGAAAAGGAUAUAGUUUUCCAAAAUAGUAACAUAUAUA